CCAUCCCCCCCAAUUAUCCUCUUCCUCUCUUCUUCUGUCCUCCAUUUCCAUCAUCAAUCCAGCCUCCCAAAUAAAAAACCCCGCACGUUUUGUCCCGUACAAUCAUAUUACACACCGCCUCUUGACCUAACUAUCACGGCGCUUGAAAACAACCUUUUUCAUUCUUCGAUUUCUAUCAUUAUACACAUAUUCACAGUCAUGGCAAGGUAUUCUCAACCGUCAUUUGACUUCUACCAACAGUCCCCUUCAACUUUGGAUGCAAAGCCUUCAUUUCCCGAGGAAGACGAGAUGAGUGUAUUGGAUGAUAAGAUUCUCGACUCGACGUCGCCCGAACUUUCUUCUUCCAUUGCCGACCACCGGCGCUCUUCAUAUGAUCAUGCGCCAGAUGCUUUCUCACAUCGUGAUUCAGUCUGGUCCGAUUUCUCCCAAUCAGUUCACAGCAACCAAUCCCGGCAUAACUCUCAAGUUGCCCAUCAUCUUUUUGAAUCCGCUCCGAAUCCUUUUAUGCGACUGGACGGUGCUCACCAUCCAGCCACCGCGUACGGCCAGCAGGCGUCCUGGGCGCUUUCCAAGGAGACUGGCUCUUGUACACCAACCGCCAUGUACGACCACCAUUUCUCAUCGGACCUCGACAACGGCUCAUCGGCGCCGUUCUCUGGUGGCGCCGUUGGUCCGGUGAGCACUAUCAACAUCCCGUCCAUGUCCUACCGUCCUGGGAUGGCCUUUGCGCACCCCGGCGCUGUGGCCAUGUCCCCACAGUCUAGUCAAGGAUGGAUGCCCGCGUCCACCGACAUGCCGGACGCUGUGGCCCGCACCACCAAGAGCCCUACUUAUCGCAAUAGCUCUCCCCUGAGCGUCCGACGGGAUGGAAUCCGGAAGAAGAACGCUCGCUUUGAGAUCCCCGCUGAGCGGACAUUGAGCAACAUCGACCAGCUGAUCGCCCAAUCGAACAAUGAGGAGGAAAUCAAGGAGCUGAAGCAACAGAAGCGGUUAUUAAGGAACCGUCAAGCAGCUUUGGAUUCCCGUCAACGGAAGAAGCUGCAUACUGAGAAGCUGGAGGAAGAAAAGAAACAGUUCACCCAGAUCAUUAGCGACCUCGAAGAGGACCUGCAGAACAUGAGGCUACGUGAGGCAGAGCUUCUCCGUGAGAAGAGCGAAUGGAUGGCCACUCGUCAAGAAUUCAGCCAUUACUACAAUACGGCGGAGAUGGAAAAGAACGAACUGAUCCGUGUGCAUACUUUGGAGACGGCUGAGCUUCGCAAGAAGAACAACAUCCUCAAGGAGACCGUGGAGAAGCUCGAGAGACAUGCCAGGUCCUCCGCCCCCAAUAUGGCUACCGACUUCUCUGAUUUUGAGAACCUCACCAUGGACAGUACUCCCUGGGAAGACUUUACCAUGGUCAACAGCCUCUCCCUCGAUGCUGAACCGGUUGCUAGUGCUUCUGCUAACGACAAAGGCGCGGAGAAGUCUACAAACAGCGACUACCCCUUCAGCUGGAAUGCUUUCUACAUGUGUCUUCUUUUUGGUGCCUUCAUCGCCUCCAACGGCACUACUCUCCCCUCUCGCGCUAUUCCGCAAUUGUCGGAGGAAUACCGCGCGGAGUCCGCCAACGUCCUGAAAGCAGUUUUGUCUUCUUCUCCUUCAGAGUUCGCGCAGCCUUCAAACCAGCCUGCCGUCUCUGCGUCAACUGGCCCGCUCCCGACCACCAUCAGUGGGGCGGAGAUGGCCCAGAUGACUGCUGGCACUGCCCCUCCGUCCAGCUUGGAUGAGCUCCACAAUUCGUUGGCGAUGCCGACCAAGGCGCAGGAACAGGAGCAGGUCUUCUCUCUCAAUGCUGACCAGUACAACUCCUUGACGACUUAUGAUGACAAUGGCGCCGAAUACAAGCAGCAACAGGCUUCCCAUCUCCAACAAGCGUUGGCUGCGAUGCGAGGCAAUGCUGCCCAGAAGAUGCCGAACAAAGCCACCUCCGAUGUCUACUCAAGGUCACUCAUGUGGGAUCGGGUUCCUGAAAAGGUCAUCCGAGACUUCCGCCGAAUGGUCCAGGAAUAUGGGGUUACUCCCGUCAAGGAAGAACAACCCGGCUUCGGUCAAUCCUAAGUAGUAUAACUAAGAUUCAGGUCUCCAUACACUAUCCAUCUCAACUCUCCUCACCAUGUCCAGAGAAAGCCACCUUGCCUAGCCUUCCUUCAAAGCAUCCUGAUCGGUUCCUCUGCUCUUUUUCACCUCUCUCGUCUUCUUU